AUGUUGCGUUCACGACUGGGUGCUAGCUCGCGGAUGGCCCUCGCAUCGCUUGGGCGCCCCGCCAACGCCACCCCCCUCCGCGCCCCUCUCCUCCUUGCUACAUUUUCUGCGAGUGCGAGGCGGCACCUGUCCCUUCCAGCAAUCAACGAGGCGCUCUCGGCUUCCAACAUCCCCACGUCCCAGCUCCCGCCGUCGCAGCAGCCCGGAGCGGCCAAGGAGCUCCCGAAACAUGCUGUCAUCAGCACGUUUGACCUGUUCUCGGUGGGCAUUGGACCGAGUUCGUCGCACACGGUGGGCCCGCAACGCGCAGCCAAGAUCUUUACGCACUCGCUCCCACGCGCAAUGUUUGACGACAUUCACUCGCUCAAAGUGUCGCUGCAUGGAUCGCUGGCGGCUACGGGUAUGGGACACAUGACCCCACAUGCAGUGCUGUUAGGCCUGAUGGGCGAGGAUCCCGAGACGGUCGAGGUUGGUCGACUCAACGUUGUGAUUGACGAGGUGCGGGCUGUGGGCCAGAUCGACCUGGGACUGGAUGGGGGCGAGCACCGCCGCGUGCGCUUUGACUUUGACAAGGACUUGACAUGGCACCUCAACCCCCUCCCGACGCAUCCUAACGGAAUGACGUUCACCGUCUUUGACAAGGAUGGUGACAUGUUGGCGACGAACCAGUACUUUUCCAUUGGAGGCGGCUUUGUCAUCAACAACGAGACCCAAGUCGCUGAGAACAUGUACUACCGCGACAUUCUGACUGGACAUGCCGAUGAGUGCCGGCGAGGACUUUCCACGAGCAGAGGCGAGCCCAUCGUGGCUAUCACCGACAAGGGGACUGACGGGCCUGGGACCGAGGCGGCUCUCUCCCACCGGCCAAAGUACCUCUUUGCAACGGCUGAGGAACUACACAACAUCUGCGUCGAGCACAACAUGACCAUUGCACAGGUCAUGUGGGAGAACGAGCGCGCGUUCCGGAACGAGGCGGACAUUGAGGCCGGUCUGCUGCACCUGUGGGCAACAAUGGACAGCUGCAUCCGCGCCGGCGUGACUACGACCGAGACGCACCUCCCAGGUGGGCUCAACGUCAAGCGCCGCGCACCGGGCCUCUACCGCCGCCUCCAACAGGGCUUUUACCCCUCCGUCCCAGCGCCCGUGUCCAACGCCGAUGACACGGGUACUUCAAUCACCAAGCGUGGACCACCCCCACGUAUCGGCCGCGUUGACCACCCUGUCGAGAUUGUGCCCGUCACCGCCCGCCCCCAUUUCCCAGGCAUCGAGUACCUUUCGUGUAUGGCCAUUGCUGUCAAUGAGGUGAAUGCCAGUGGCGGCCGCGUCGUAACUGCUCCGACCAACGGCGCCGCGGGCGUCAUCCCCUCCACGCUAAAGUACACGCUCGAGUUCAUCUCGACCCAGCCGCGUAGAGACACUAUGAACUUUCUCCUCACGGCGUCCGCUAUCGGCAUGCUCUUCAAGCGUGGCGCCACCAUCUCGGCCGCAGAGGGCGGGUGCAUGGCCGAAGUAGGUGUCGCUUGCUCCAUGGCCGCUGCCGGACUCGCAUCAAUCCUCGGUGCGGAACCCGCAACUAUCCUCCAGGCCGCCGAGAUCGGCAUCGAGCACAACCUCGGUCUCACUUGCGACCCGCUUGGUGGGCUCGUGCAGAUCCCCUGUAUCGAGCGCAACUCGCUCGGCGCAGUCAAGGCUGUCACGGCUGCGCAGCUCGCCAUGGCCACCAGCGGCGAGCACACCGUCUCCCUCGACGACGCCAUCGAAGCGUGUCGCACCACCGCCAUGGACAUGCACUCCCACUACAAGGAGACGAGUCUUGGAGGACUGGCCGCCAGCGUCCAGAUUCCGCUCUCCUCGCCCGCGUGCUAG